UUGGGCUUGAUUUUAUAUUCAGUACACCGUUUUGCCUUUCUAGGCCAGUUUUAUUGUAAAGUUUAGUGUAGUAAGUUCUUAAAAACGUGUAACAAAAAAAUCGAAAGUAAAAAAAUUUAGAAUAAUCGGAAAACGAAUGACUCAUACUAGUUCCGCAUAAACAAAAAAAUCUCAAAAAGGCAAUACAAAUUUACAGAACAAAACUUUAGAGAUGGGGCCCAAGAAGAAGUCCGUAUUUAUCGCUGAACAGCCGCCAGAAAUCCCACAACCAGAGAAGAAAGCCAAGCCCAAGAAAGAGCCCCUUCCCGUUUUUGUAUUCGAUGUCAUUGUCACAAGUGUGGAGGCCAAGGGCACGCAGUUCACCAAUCCAGCCAAGCUCGAAAUCACUGCUAACUUCUUUAAGACUUCAAUUCCGCUCGCCGCCAGUCAGAUAAAUGCUACUGAUUUUAAGCCCAACGCUGGUCUUACCUUUCAAGUGGAACCCAAGGAUAUCCGUAAGAAUGUCAACGAAUGUGGUAUAUCCUUCACUGUGGUAUACAGCAAGAAGACGAUCGGUUCUGGGCAAGCAUCCUUUCCGCCCAGCAUAACGGAUACUAUCGACAAGGAAAUGAGCGAUAUCCUCUACUCGGACGUCAUUAAUUUGACUUCAGGCGGUCAAGUGACCGGCACACUGGAGUUUAUUUGCCGCCUGGUCGUUAUGUGCAUUGCAGAAGAGCCUGAGCCCGAUUCCACCUUCAACAUGGACAGGAGCAUCAAUCCGCAAGACAUCAUGUUCGUAAUGGGUGAGUCGCAGGUGUGUCCCAGUGCAUGCGAACCCUGUCGAAAUGACUUGUCGGAGGAAGAUGGCGAUGAGCGGCUCAAACUGGACCUGGAUCGUUACCGCAGUCAGGGCGGAGGUAUAAAGCCAUACAAAAUGAUGACAGAAAAUGGAUCUGGUAUACCAGCCUGUUGUGAACUGAAGAAAAUGGCCAUCGAGUACGAACGGAUGAUCGAUUCAAUAACCAAGCAAACGGGCAUGCCACCGCCCAAGCCUCCGUGUCGUGAUCCCGAUGAAGUAAACAGCUUCGGCAUGAAUCCCUGCUGGUGUCAGCCUGAGCCUCCACCAUUUCAAGAGCUGCCGGAAAAACCGGACAAGCCAUGCUUUGUUUAUCUGCCUGCCACCUUAGAUCAGGAGCCAGACUUUUGCGAGAAGAAUCUUAUUCCGGUGCCCAUUGCCGACUGCGAUGGCCAGAAGCCGGAUAUCAAGCCCAUUCGCUUCUGUCCUGUCUGUCUGACCAAUAUGUCGUGGAUGCCGAAGUUUGCAGCAUGUCCGAAAUGUGGAAUUAAACCGAUGCCCGUCGUGGAGGAGAGGCAUAAGGAGAAAAAGCUUUCCGCUGAUCAGAUUCUACUCGAAUAUUUGGGUAAGGGACCGCCCACCGUCGAAGACUAUUGCGUCGAUCCUUGCGAGCAGGCUAAAAAGAAUAAACAGACCGCCGAGGACGACUGUCCUCCGUGUCGUUGUACCUGCAAGUUCGGUAAGAUCUGUGCCCACUGUCGUAUCCGGAAUAUGUGUGCUGAUAUAUUCAAGAGCGAUAAGAUUGCGCCGAAGUGCCCAAAGGUAGAGCCUCAGGAAUCGGAGGAUUACUGCGUGGUGAAUAAAAGCUCAGAAGACUGUCGUCCAUAUUUGGCUAAAGUUUUCUCUGAACUUCGUGAUCUAUACGAUAUCAAAGAUACCAAGAAGUUGUCCGAGCUGGACGAGAACUGCGAUCGAGCUGUGCCCAAAACGGAAAAGCCCGAUAAACAGGAUGCCAAAAAGAUCGAGAGUUCGGCGCCCAAGAAAGCGGUCUAUGUACCACCGAGCAAUAAGGGCCAGGUUACCAGCAGACACAAGCAGUGUGUCCUCCAAUCGGGAUUUGUUUCCCGUCGGCAUGGUUGGGCUUGGAGCAAAAGCUGGGAGGCAAAGAAAUUGGGCUGGCGACCUGGAGCCAUUCGUAAGCCCAUUAAGCAUCUGAUGAAAUUCUUCCUGGAGAAAGAUCCUGCUAAGACUCCCAAAUGCAAGGACACUGAAACCUUGGAGCGGGAAAAGGAGUUAGCCUCGCCAGUUUUGAAUAUCAGCAAGAAGAACGGUGAGAUCUUUAUCACCCUGCGGCCGCUUGCUCCUCUGGGUAUGCGUCAGAAGCCAGUCACUUUCCGUAUCGUAAAGAGCGAUCUGGCGGUUGCUUUGCGGGAGAUCAAGAGGAAGCUGAAGGACAAGGGUUUCCGCAAAUGCACCUGCCACCAAACCCUUAUGAUGUGUCACUGCCGAGAUCCGGUCGAAAAAGUUCAUCUCCAAAGAGCUCUGAACAGGGAGUGCCGACGCCAUUGUAUUCCUCCAGCUGGAGAUCAUCUUGUGCUCACGGAUACCAGCGAAAGCGACAUGGAGUUCGACUUUGAUGUAACACCGCCAGCGGGAAUCGAGCAACCAUGUCAACCGCCGUCACCAGAAACAAUCAACCAUGGCACCCAGACCUCUAAGAAGGACCAGAUGCCUGUUCCCCCGAAGUAUCCCAUCAAGGUUCCUCCUUACUACAGAAGAUUUGACUGCGCCGUCGGCGAUCGCUAUAUGGGCACUGCAUUUGGUUAUCCGGGAGAAGAGGUCUUCGAAGAUGGUAUCUUUGGAAUGAUGGGCGGUGGGCCUCAUGGGUUCAAUCCAAUGCCCUGCGGAAGACCUAGAGUUCCAGGAGCUUGGGGUGGUGGAGGUGCUGGUGGUGCUGGUGGUGCUGGUGGUCCAGGUGGUGCUGGUGGUCCAGGUGCAGCGUUUGGCCCAGGCGGCGGCGGUGGUGGAGUCUUCGCCGGUCGAACCGGUCGUGGCCCUGGAGGUCCAGGAGGUCCAGGAGGCCCAGGAGGUGGUCCCGGUAAGAUGGGUGGUGGAGCCUGGAAAGGAUUCCCCGACGCCGCCAUCGGUAAAGGCAAAGGCGGUAAAUCUGAACCGAUACCAGUGCGCUUCCCCAAGAGAUUCCUCAAACCAGCCGAGGAUGCUGCAAAGGCGGCCAAGCAAGCGGCGAAGGAUGCUAUAGCGACGAAAAAGAAGGGCAUCAACAUGAUCAAAUAUCUGCAGAAGAAGGGCACACUAGUAAGGCCCUGGAAUCCGCAGGAGGGCAAAGACAAGAGGCCAAGGCCUCCCAAAGGUGGCCCGAUCGGAGACGAUGGUCUCAGGGAUAGGGAAAGAAGGAUUAAAAUGCUCCUUUCCGUUCCGCCUCCUCCACUUAGUUCGAUUCCAAGGCGGGGCAAAGCCUAUGAUCCCUGCGUGGAACCCUUUCGCUAUGAUAUUGUCAUGUGAGAACGGCAUUAGUCUUUCGGUGAACUAUAUGGUCUUAAGUCUCCGCAUCCAUUUCAAUGUCUCAAACAUUUCAAUUGGCUCAUUAAUAUACUCUGUCUCGAACAUUUUAUAAUAUAUAUAAAAAUUGUA